GAGACGGUGCCUGAGCACCCCCUGGCUCUCCUACGCGCCGGGGCGAAGUGGUUCGAGUUGAAAGGAGAAGGCCGGAGCGACCCGCUUUGACCCAAUUACCCGGGAACGGUUUUGCGUUGUGCGAGACCCUCUUGGAACGGACUCGCCGGGACUGACAGCUGCCGGAAGUGAGGCUGAACGUCAUGGCCGCGGCUGCGACCAUGGCGGCAGCUGCCCGGGAGCUGGCGUUGCGGAGCGGGGCCUCGGAGAUGGACGAGGAGGAGGGUCCCCUGGGGAGUGGGCCUGGGCUCCCGGAGCCACUGCAGCUGGGGGAGUUGGACAUCACGUCUGACGAGUUCAUUCUGGAUGAAGUGGAUGUUCACAUUCAGGCAAAUCUGGAGGAUGAGUUAGUAAAGGAAGCUCUUAAAACGGGGGUGGACCUCCGCCACUAUUCAAAGCAGGUGGAGCUGGAGUUGCAGCAGAUUGAGCAGAAAUCCAUUCGGGACUAUAUCCAAGAGAGUGAGAACAUAGCGUCUCUGCACAACCAGAUCACAGCCUGUGAUGCUGUCCUUGAGCGCAUGGAGCAGAUGUUGGGAGCGUUCCAGAGCGACCUCAGCUCCAUCAGUUCUGAGAUCCGGACACUGCAGGAACAGUCAGGAGCCAUGAACAUUCGUCUUCGAAACCGCCAGGCAGUUCGAGGGAAACUUGGGGAGCUUGUUGAUGGUCUGGUGGUGCCCUCUGCCCUGGUCACGGCAAUUCUGGAGGCCCCAGUGACGGAGCCCAUCUUCCUGGAGCAGCUGCAGGAGCUCGAUGCCAAGGCAGCCGCAGUCAGAGAGCAGGAGGCCAGGGGCACAGCGGCCUGCGCAGACGUCCGAGGGGUGCUCGACCGGCUCCGGGUCAAGGCUGUGACGAAGAUCCGGGAGUUCAUCCUCCAGAAGAUUUACUCCUUCCGAAAACCAAUGACCAACUACCAGAUACCCCAGACGGCCCUGCUGAAGUACAGGUUCUUCUAUCAGUUCCUGCUGGGCAAUGAGCGAGCUACGGCCAAGGAGAUCAGGGAUGAGUACGUGGAAACACUGAGCAAGAUCUACCUGUCCUACUACCGCUCUUACCUGGGCCGACUCAUGAAGGUGCAGUAUGAGGAGGUGGCAGAAAAAGACGACCUGAUGGGCGUGGAAGAUACGGCCAAGAAAGGAUUCUUCUCGAAGCCAUCGCUUCGCAGCAGGAACACCAUCUUCACUCUGGGGACCCGUGGCUCCGUCAUCUCCCCCGCUGAACUAGAGGCCCCCAUCCUGGUGCCACACACAGCCCAGCGAGGCGAGCAGAGGUAUCCAUUUGAGGCCCUCUUCCGCAGCCAGCACUAUGCCCUCCUAGACAAUUCCUGCCGCGAGUACCUUUUCGUCUGUGAAUUCUUUGCUGUGUCUGGCCCGGCUGCGCACGACCUCUUCCAUGCUGUGAUGGGCCGGACACUCAGCAUGACCCUGAAGCACCUGGAAUCCUACCUGGCUGACUGCUAUGACGCCAUUGCUGUUUUCCUCUGUAUCCACAUUGUCCUCCGGUUCCGCAGCAUUGUGGCCAAGAGGGACGUUCCCGCCCUGGACAGGUACUGGGAGCAGGUGCUUGCCUUGCUGUGGCCUCGGUUUGAGCUGAUCCUGGAGAUGAAUGUCCAGAGUGUCCGAAGCACUGACCCUCAGCGCCUGGGGGGACUGGAUACCCGGCCCCACUAUAUCACACGCCGAUAUGCCGAAUUCUCCUCUGCUCUUGUCAGCAUCAACCAGACAAUUCCCAAUGAGCGGACCAUGCAACUGCUGGGGCAGCUUCAGGUGGAAGUGGAGAAUUUUGUCCUCCGAGUGGCAGCCGAGUUCUCCUCCAGGAAGGAGCAGCUGGUGUUUCUGAUCAACAACUAUGACAUGAUGCUGGGCGUGCUGAUGGAGCGGGCGGCCGAUGACAGCAAGGAAGUGGAAAGCUUCCAACAGCUCCUCAAUGCUCGGACACAGGAGUUCAUUGAAGAGUUGCUGUCACCCCCUUUUGGGGGUCUGGUGGCAUUUGUGAAGGAAGCGGAGGCUCUGAUUGACCGUGGACAGGCUGAGCGGCUUCGAGGGGAGGAAGCCAGAGUAACUCAGUUGAUCCGUGGCUUUGGUAGUUCGUGGAAAACAUCAGUGGAGUCUUUAAGUCAGGACGUAAUGCGGAGUUUUACCAACUUCAGAAAUGGAACCACUAUCAUCCAGGGAGCGCUGACCCAGCUGAUCCAGCUCUAUCAUCGCUUCCACCGGGUCCUGUCCCAGCCACAGCUGCGAGCCCUCCCCGCCCGGGCGGAGCUCAUCAACAUUCACCACCUCAUGGUGGAGCUCAAGAAGCACAAGCCCAAUUUCUGACGUGCUGCUGAGCCCCGGGGUCUGCCCGCUGUAUCCAUGGACUUCGGCACCCCUCGUCUUCACCUGGGCUCGCCCCCCUUCCAGUUCUCCCCUUGCCUCCCAGCCUCUUGACUCUGCCUUCAUUCUCUGAGCCCUAACCCAGCAAGAUAAGCUGGGUCCCUGGCCUUUCUGAGUCUCCUCCUGUCUUCAGGCUUCCCAGGACCACUGCCCCUGGACUUCCAAAGUGACCUUUGUGUUUUCACUUUGUCACAUACCCCCCCCAACACCCCCCCCCCAUGGUGACCUCUUCUCAGUACCUGCCUCCAUCUCUGACCCUCUCCGCUCUUGUCACCAUGUCCUGAGCUGUGAAGCCUCAACCCUUGGAAUUGGUGGCAAGGAACGAUUGUCUCCAAGUCUUUUUUUAAAAACAAAACAAAACUCAGAAUGAUUUCUUUAGCUCUUUGACGUUAGAUGUCAGCACAAACUGGAACACUAACCCAUCCCCGCCUGGCCCGAGACUUACUCCAAGAUCAGCCUGUAAUAAACAAUAAAUAUUUACUGUAACCAGAAAAA